UUAUUGGCGUCUCUCAAUGGUGAUGCUGCCGUUCUCGAAACCCAUGGUGUAUGGUGUGCUGAGCAGGUUGAACACGGCCAGCUGCGAGUGAAAGAAUCGUUCGCCGGCCGCACGCAAACUGCUCCGGAGGAAGGCCGACGCCUUGCGCACUCCCGGCCUGCUGAUGAUGCCCACGAGUGAGGCCAUGAGCAAGCCAUACACAGCCUCGACAGUGUCGCCCUGGGAGAGGUGAUCUGACAGACAGCAAUACCAAAUGCGAUGGACGUUCUCUCUCCCUCUCCCUCUCCCUCUCCCUCUCCCUCUUGCUGCUUACCACAUAGAGUGAUGUCCACCUCAUCGACAGGCGGCAGCUGAUGGCUCGCCCACUUGACCAGGGGGUCCGUGCCCUGGAAUCCAUGACUUCUCCGACCAUCCGAGUGCAGAAUGGUGAACAGCGGUAUGUCGAUCUCCACAGAGAAUCGCCUUCCCGCCGUGGCCGCCGCUUCUCCCUCGCCGCCGCACACCAUCUGGCCCUUGAGCGCCUCGAGAAACGCGACAGCGUUCUCUGGGCUAUCUCUGUACUUGAGGAAGUGCAGGUGGCCGCAUGUGGGCAUCGAGUGGGCGACCGUCCUGACAAGGCCGUCCAGCUGCGUCUCCCGGUCGUAGCUCUUGCAGCGGAAUGUGUCGGCGCGCGGGAAGAAGACCGUGUCUGCGGCAGCGUUGGGGUCCGUGAGGGUGCCAUGCUCUGUGCGGUCGAAGCACACGACGUCAGCGAGCGAAGCGGUCUCGCAAACGAUCUUCUGCACCUGAUUGCAUAGACGCCGACAGUCAGACAAACAGCCAAGGGAAGAAUUUGCCAGAUUGUUGGUCUGCGUCCAUUGUGCGCCAACCAACCCACCUGAGGUGACUCGUUCUUCAUCCACCCGAUGAGCUCGAGGUCCAUCUCGCGGCGACCCCUCCCGCCGGCUGCCGAGUCGACCAGCUGCGGCUUCUGGAGGGCAUCCGGGUGCAUGACCUGCUCCGACAGCAGUGCCACCUCCCGCAGCGCCCCCUUCUGCGUCGCACCACCGAUGUUCCACGCGAUGGGCAGCUCACGAAGGGUCCUACGGCACCCACGGUCGAGCAGAGCUUGGCGCAAGCUGGCCAGGUGGUUCUCUAAGCCAGGGACACUGCUCCCGAUACGUGACUGCAGCUUGAGGGGGCCGAUCGACCUCAACCGGGCGAGGGAGUGGCCGGCCGGAAGCAUGCGGAGGACCUCCGUCUUCUCGUGGAUGCAGCCGUCAUCGUCGAGGACCUCCAGGUGCUCACAUCCGCUCACCCACUGGGCGAUGGCCUCCUGGACUUCACAGCCGUCGUCCGUGAAGGUCAUCACGCGAAGCGAUGGCGUGCGCCACUGUCGGAGGCUGGGCAGCCUCACCAUCGAGCAGGGCAGGCGCCGCACCUCCGUCAGCUUGGACAGGUCGACUGGGGGGGUGGGGGGUGGGGGGUGCGUAUGGGCCGCCCCGUAUAGAAACAGGCUGCCACACUGCCCAUGGGUGUCUUGCUCAAAGCUGAGGACCUUGAUGGACGAAGCGGAAGACGACCCCUCCUGCUGCUCGCUCCGUGCCCUCCUGCCCUGUGCGUUCCCCUCAAUGACGGCGACCCAAAUGCCGCAACACCAGUGGCCGUGGAAACUGGUGUUGCUCUUGGGCAAGAUGACGUGGAUGUGGGUGUGGGUGAGGUUGAUCAUGCGCUGUCCCCACUUGCAUGCCACAGGAAGUGGCAUCUCCUCCCAGAUGUGCCGCACGCCGCCCUUGUUUGAUCCGUCGAUGAUGAGGUGGGUGCAGUUGGCCGCCACCCAGCUGAAGAUGGUGUGGCCGAGUGCUGGUGCUGCAUGCGUCAGGUGCCAUGGCUGAUGAUAGCCGAAGAGGGCCGCCAGCUCAUCGGAGGAGAGACGAAGGGAGGCCUGGUGCAAAAGCAGAGAAGAGACCAAAGGAGGCAACAGAGAAUAGAGUGUCUGUCUGUCUGUUUGUACCUCUCCCUCGUCGGUUGGCUGCUUGCCCGACACAUAGAUCAGUCGGAACGCAGGCGGUUGUGAUAUGGCAGCAGCUGCCUCAGCCACAGUGCCCUGACAUCAUCAUCGAAUCUUGCAUAUAGCUGCCUGUGCGGCGUGUCGUCUGUGCUGCUCCUCACCUUAGCACUGGAUUGACCUGGUAAUGCCUCGAUGGCGGCAUCAAGGGGCACUGAGGCAGGCAAGGCCGCUGCCACAUUGCCGAGUGCAUCGAUGGCCCCACCGACAACCAAGGCAGCAGCGAAGAUCUGGGUCGCUGUCGAGUCCAGCCACUGUGCCGCACUACCCUCAGAUUGACAGGCGCGCGCCUGCGAUGAGCACAAUACGACAUGACAGGCAGAGAUAUGACAUCUGCCGAGGGACUCAAGGUGGUCUCAUCAUCUUACCUUGAUUCUCGACUUCAGGCGAUGGAGUUCCUCUCGGAUGGCUGUUGUAUCGUGGCAGAUCUGCAAGAACCAUCACAGGAUCUUACACGGACAAGGCUCACGUGUGUGAGUCAUCACCUUUUCGACAUCCUCUUGAUCAUUUUUGGCCUCCAUCACGGCACACACUGCGGGCUG